AUGGGUGGUCAUCUUGAGGUUUUGGAUAUCCACCUAAACAAACUUUGUGGGACUCUUCCAGAAACAUUUAGUAUUGGAAGUGUACUUAGAAGCUUAGACUUACAUGACAAUGAAUUAGAAGGAAAAAUCCCCCGAUCAUUAGGCAAUUGCAAAGAGUUGGAACUUCUUGAUUUAGGAUACAAUCACCUUAACGACACAUUUCCAAUGUGGCUUGAAACUUUGCCAAAGUUGAAAGUUUUAAGCUUGAGAUCGAAUAAAUUGCUUGGGGCAAUUAGAACUUUAAGUGAUGAAAAUAUGUUUUCUGAGCUUCGAAUCAUAGAUCUCUCUUACAAUGCCUUCACAGAAAACUUGUCGACUAUUUCAACCAAGGGAUUGGAGCUUGAACUGGAUAGAAUUUUAACAAUUUAUGUCACUAUUGAUCUUUCAAGUAACAGCUUUGAAGGGUAUAUUCCAAGUAAUCUCGGAGAUCUCAUUGCGCUUCGGGGGCUAAAUUUGUCUCAUAAUAGAUUGCAAGGUAAUAUACCAACAUCACUUGGAAAUUUAUCUUUUGUUGAAUCAUUGGAUCUUUCAUUCAACCAGCUUUCAAGAGAGAUACCACAACAACUUGAUGCUCUUACAUUUCUUUCAUUCAUAAAUCUCUCUCACAAUCAUCUCCAAGGAUGCAUUCCUCAAGGACAUCAAUUUGCUACAUUUGAAAAAAAUUCAUAUGAAGGUAAUGAUGGAUUACAAGGAUUCCCUAUUUCGAAAGGUUUUGGAAGUAUUUGGCCGCCAGAGACAAAUAAUGCUGAUUAUGGUGAAGAAAGCAAUUCUGAAUUUAUGAAUGAUUUUUGGAAAGCUACUCUUAUGGGAUAUGGAAGUGGUCUAUGUAUUGGAUUAUCCAUAAUACAUUUCAUGAUGUCAACUGGAAAUCUGAAAUGGCUUGCAAGAAUCAUUGAAGGAUUGGAGUACAAAAUUAUUAUGCGACAGAGAAAAAGGCACUAA